AUGGCUUAUAGUGUUCGGAAUGAACGUAUUGAACAGGCUCACAACGAUGGAAUUGUAGCCAUCGCAUGUGCCAAUACAUCGGACAAGAUGAUUCUAGUUACGGGUUCUUUGGAUUCUUCGGUUAAGGUUUGGAGGCAAGAUUCGUUGGAAUUGGUUUUAACUUUGGAAGGACACCGAUUGGGAAUUGUUUCGGUGGUGAGUGAUCCGACGGGAAAGUUGGUUGCAACAAGUUCAAUGGAUUCCGUCAUUAGAGUUUGGGAUAUUGAGAAGGGAAAAUCAAUGGUUGUGAUUGAAGCACCUCCUCUUGAAUCGUGGACUUUGGCUUUCAGUGCGGAUGGUCAACAUUUAGCCACUGGUACUCGAUCUGGAAAUGUCAAUAUUUUCAAUGCUCAAACUGGAGAAAAGGAACAAAGUUUGGACACUCAAAAGAAAACUUUUAUUUUGCAAGUGGCAUAUAGCAAAUGUGGAAAAUAUUUAGCAUGUGGUGGAAAUGAUGGAAGUGUUUGUGUUUUUGACAUUUCAACCUCCAAAUUAAUGCACCAUUUAGAAGGACAUUCCAUGAGUGUUAGAAGUAUCGUAUUCACCAACGACUCACAAAGAUUAUUGACCGCCUCAGACGAUAAACACAUUAAUGUGUACGAUGUCAACUCUGGCUCUCUAGUGAAAUCAUUGAGUGAUCAUCAUUCAUUUGUAUUGAGUUUGGCCAUGUCACCCGAUUCUCAACAUUUUGCCUCAAGCUCAUCCGAUCGACAAGUCAAAAUAUGGGAAUUGUCAACAUUGGAAUGCAUUCGAAGUUUUGAAGAACACAAAGAUCAGGUGUGGGGUCUUGCAUUCAAUAGUACUGGUGAUGCUUUGUACUCAGUUUCAGAUGACAUGUCUGUUGUGCAAUACAUUUGCCCAUUAGAUGCGUCUAAAUAA